CCUCUUACGCCCAAAGGCUGUUAUUCCCUCUUGUCUUAAUAACAGUGUCGAUAAUACCUAGUUAAUUCAUCUAAAAUGAAAGCGAUAUUACAACGUGUACUGUCGGCUUCCGUCACAGUGGAGAAGGAGGUCGUCUCGUCGAUAGGGAAGGGUGUUCUUGUCUUCGCUGCGGUAGCACCUGGAGACACCCAGAAGGAGGCAGACUCGUUAGCUGCCAAGGUGCUGAAAAUGAAACUAUGGGAUGACGAGGAGACCGGGGCAAAAUGGAAGAACAGCGUCCAAGAAAUUGAUGGAGAGGUUCUCUGUGUGUCUCAGUUUACCCUUCUCGCUUCGACGAAGAAGGGUAAUAAGCCCGAUUUUCAUGGCGCUGCCGGCGGCGAAGAAGCUAGGAAUCUAUAUCAUUAUUUCUUUGAGAAAAUACGACAAGGUUACGCGCCUGAUAAGGUAAAAAAUGGAGUGUUUCAAGCUAUGAUGGAAGUCGCCCUUGUUAACGAUGGGCCUGUCACAUUGGAAAUAUCAGCCUCGCCAAAGGCCGAUCCAAAGGUCGACAGGAAGGCUGCGCCAAACCCCUCGCCAGUAUCCGCACCGCCCCAAUAGACUUAUAUCGGUGAAUAUAUCGAGGCUGCAUAGUCACGAGACAAGCUUCCAGCUGAACUUAUGAUACUGUGCCCUUUCCAGCCAAACACAUAGAAUGCGAUGACAGGAUACCACUAGACACAUAGACACAUAGAAGCAUAGAAUAUGUCUAGAUGACCGAAAUAGAUCGCAUAGACUUUCAUAUACAAAAUUCUUC